AUGUCACCACCGGCACCACCUUCUUAUAUCUCUGCCACCGCUGCCUCUGCCACCGCUGUCAAUGCUCGUGCCGCCACCCCACCAUCCUCCCCCAAAUCUCUAUCCCCCAAGAUGGAGCCCGUUUCUACUCCACCAUCUCCUCUGUUCCUCCCUCCUGCCCAAAUAAAGUUUGUUGGCAAGCCUGAAACCAAGAUUCCAGCAGAAGCCGAGAAAAAAACUAUACUGGUACAAGAAACCUUCAACACCUCCAAUGGUAACUUUCAAAAGCAUGCCAGCAGGUAUUCGGAUUCCGAAGAUUUUGGGGUGAGAGUUAUAACAAUUGCAGGUGAAAACAGAGGUGCUAUUAUGGAAUUGAGCCCUUCCCUCUGCAACGAAGGCAAUCCAACAGCUCUGAACAACAACGGUGAGAAAUUGGAAAGAGAGAGUAAUGAAGAAGGGAGGUCAAAGAUGAAGGACAAAACUCACAAAAUGGUGUGGCCAUUGAAGACUACAUUCAUGAACAGCAACGUGCAGGGUGCGAGCAAUUCGAUUCUCUUGGACUGUUCUUUCACUCACCACGGUCCUGGUGUCCACCACUCUCUCUCUGGUAAGGCCAACGGUGGCCGUGGAGCUCAGCUAAACGACUAA